UGCGGAGCCAAAGACGAGCUAAAGACGAGCUAAAGACGAGCUGAAGACGAGCUGAAGAGGAGGGAAAGCACACGGAGCAGAGAUGUUCAGAAAUCAGUACGACAAUGAUGUCACCGUCUGGAGCCCUCAGGGUCGUAUUCAUCAGAUCGAGUAUGCGAUGGAGGCGGUGAAGCAGGGCUCAGCCACAGUGGGACUCAAGUCAAAAACUCACGCUGUUCUAGUGGCUCUAAAGAGAGCUCAGUCUGAACUGGCAGCUCAUCAGAAGAAGAUUCUUCAUGUCGAUAAUCACGUGGGAAUCUCCAUCGCAGGACUCACCGCAGAUGCCAGGCUGCUAUGUAACUUCAUGCGUCAAGAGUGUCUGGACUCCAGGUUUGUGUUUGACCGUCCUCUGCCCACCUCCAGACUGGUGUCUCUCAUCGGGAGCAAGACACAGAUUCCGACACAGCGAUACGGGAGGAGGCCGUACGGAGUGGGUCUGCUCAUCGCAGGAUAUGACGACAUGGGCCCUCACAUUUUCCAGACCUGUCCUUCGGCGAAUUACUUCGACUGUAAAGCCAUGUCCAUUGGUGCACGCUCUCAGAGCGCACGCACAUACCUGGAGAGAACCAUGGACCAGUUUAGCGACUGUAACUUGAAUGAGCUGGUGCAGCACGGCCUCAGAGCUCUGAGAGAGACUCUGCCUGCGGAACAGGACCUCACCACCAAGAACGUGUCUAUUGGAAUCGUGGGUAAAGAUCUGGAGUUCACCAUAUACGAUGACGACGAUGUGGCUCCAUUUUUAGAAGGACUCGAGGAGAGGCCCCAGAGAAAGGUUGCCGCAGCAGCAGAGGAGGCGGCUCCCGUGGAAGCGGCAGACGAGCCGAUGGAACAUUAGAAUCAAAAUGAAACUUGGAUAAAAUUCAACAUUGACACUUAAACUGUUUGAGCUGAAACGUGCCACUGUCUGUUUUUUUUAUGCGCUCAAUAAAAGUAAAGAUGUGA